AGGUCGUAUCAAAUGUCAAGUCAUCGUUGAUUAUCUUUUCGCAGGAUUUUGGCAUUUUUGCUCUGAUCUCAAAAACAAAGCAAAGAUUUUUAGAUUUUAGUGAACCAAAUCCAGAAUAUAUAUUAUUUUCCAAAUCCUUGAAGUUCAGUUCAGUGACAGCAACGUCGUCGUGUUCAAGCACCGUUCUACCUCAAAACCGAAUCGAUAUCCUAUAGGAAAAUCGCCGCGUAAUCUCACAAGCGCAUAAUCACGCAAUGGCGGGCUUCUCGUUGAAGCUGAAAACCAAAACGGGCCAGCAGCAUAUCGUCAGCAAUCUGGACCAGAAUACGACGGUGCGGAACCUGAAGGAUAAGAUCAGCGAGCUCACGAAAAUCCCCGCCGAAGUGCUACACGUAGUGCUCGGGUUUCCACCCUUUAAGCCGUUGGAUCUGACCAGGGAAGAUGAAUUGCUGGCGGCCAUCGGAAUUACCAACGGGGACACGCUAAUAGUGGACGAGAAGCAACUGAGCGAGGAGGAACGGCGCCAACAGGCUGCCCAAAAGCGCGUGGAGGAAGACGAGAAGCUGGCCAAGGAGUUGGCCGCCCAGAGCGAAGGCAACGGUGGGAUCUUGCUCAAGCAGGUGGUGCCCAGCGACAAUUCGUGCCUGUUCACUAGCAUCGGUAAGGAAAAGGGAACGGCACUGAAGGCAGGACUGGUAGCGAGUGAAUGACUUAACAAUAGGAACUUUAGAGACCUUUUUCCGCAAAAAAAAAACUUAAAUGGAGUGAAAUGGGAAUCAAUCAAACAAAAAGAUUGUUUCCAAUGUUUAAUAUCCAAAUUUACUUCGUUCGUUUCCUUGACCUGAGAUAUAGUUUGUAAACUGACAGGGUAUCGUAACGUCAAUAAAUUACAAUUACAAUUAUAAAGAAACCUAACAGGAACCAGGAGAUAAGAAUCUUAUUCCUCAGAGAAUCUUAACAGACAUUUCUCUAAGAAUAUUUAUAAGAUUUUAUUACUCGUAUUAAUAUAUGUAUUUAUUCAGAAUUCCUUUGAAGAUUCUCAGAAAUUUUUCAAAGGAGUCCAAGUCCUCUAGGAUUUUAUCCAAUGAUUCUUCCAUCGUUUUAUCAAAAUUUCCACCAAGAUUCCCGUUUACAGGGAUGUUAACAGGUUCCUGUUCAGAGACUUGGUCUCUAUUUUAAGGCAAUUCUCUAGUUUUCAUGGUAUGUCAGGUCUCCAAAGUCUCUUUUUUCAAUCACAAUGGUCUAUAUAGUCACUAUUUUCCUCCUCUUUGUUGUGAACUCUGACUCGAAAUACCGUGUACGCGCCAAACUUUGCGCAGUUAAGUAAUCAUCAUCCUAUUUUUACUUCAUAUAAUGCUAAAAUAUGUAUUUUUUAUUCAAACUUCUGCCAACGAUAGGCAUUUAACCCUUCAGUAGAACACAUGAUUUAAAAAGAAUAGAAAUAAUUCAUAAAAAA